AUGCAAUGCCCCGUCACGUACUCGACGAGGAUACUUGGCACCGCAUGAACUUGAACGCAACUCUGUUGCAAUUGAAACAAUUGUUGCAUCGUGUUUCAGCCAUGAAUCAAUUCGACAAUUUCACAGACAUCUUCCGUAGUCUGAACAUCACCGACGAGGACAUCGACUACGUGAACAAGUUCGCUCUAGACAAUCUAACGAUGCCGAGGAGCAACGAGCAAAUUGAUUGUUACUGCAACAAUAAAGUUCGUGAUUUAGCGGUUGAAUAUAGAAACUAUCACGGUUACGUGGCAUUGGUGGUGUGUCUAUUUGGAACUCUUGCGAACAUGAUGAACAUUAUCGUGUUAACGAGAAAAGAUAUGGUGGCCACACCGAUAAAUCGUAUUCUCACCGGUCUGGCUACAGCUGACAUGCUGGUCAUGUUGGAAUACAUACCGUUCGCUAUUUACGUGUACAUCGUGCUGCCAAAGAGACAGACGUUUCCUUACGGAUGGGCGGUGUUCGUUCUAUUUCACAUGCACUUCACGCAGCUACUGCAUACCAUCAGCAUCGCCAUCACGCUCACAUUGGCCGUUUGGAGAUACAUCGCCAUUAGGUUUCCACAAUACAAUUCGUGGUGCACCGCUGCUCGUUGCAGGGUAGCUCUUUGGAGCAGUUUCCUGGCACCGUUCGUCGCCUGUGCACCGAGCUAUCUCGUAUUUGGAAUUAAAAAACAGACGAUGAAGGAAAACGGCACCCUGGAGAUUGCUUACACCGUGGACGCUGAUUACUCUGAUCACAAGGACUUCUUUUACCAGCUAAAUUUCUGGGUAUUAGGGGUUGUCGUGAAGCUCCUACCCUGCGUCAUUCUCACCGUUAUCAGUUGCUGGCUGAUUAAAGCUCUUUACAAAGCAAAAGGUAGGAAACAAGCCUUGAAGAGUUACAAUCAGUGCAAAAGUACUGUCCCUAUGGGCAAUGGGCUAAUCCCAAAACGACCAAGCAAGUCUGAUAAAAGAGCAGACAGAACAACGAAAAUGUUGGUGGCUGUGCUGCUACUAUUCCUGGUCACGGAGAUUCCUCAGGGUGUUCUUGGCCUUUUAUCUGGUGUACUGGGCGACUGUUUCUUCCGCAAUUGUUACCACAAUUUUGGGGAGGUGAUGGACAUCCUGGCUUUAUUGAAUGGGGCAAUCAACUUCAUCCUUUACUGUUCCAUGUCCAGACAAUUCCGUACUACCUUUGGACAGCUGUUCAAACCUAGAAUCAUGAAGAAAUGGCAACCUAUGACCCAGCAGACCGACGUUCAAAGUACCUACGUAUGAUGCAGGCUGAAAGGUCUACAGACCACUCGCCUUUAAAUGCUGAAGAAUAAAAUAAUUCAUAUUGUUUAUACUAUUUGAUAUUUAUAAAGGAAAGACUUUUUAAUUCAUUGUUUGUUUCUUGUUUUUUUUUAAAGAUAACAUGGAUGAAGUAGGUUUGACAAAAUUUUAAUUACAAACUAUUCUUAUUAAUCACUUUACGUUGCCAACUACAAUUCUGUAUAAAAAUAAAAUCAAGGAAUUAAUCAAUGGCAGAGCAAGAGUAUUUGCUGGUUCAUUGGGAGCAAAUACCGGAAGCUGGAGCUUUGGGCUCGACAGGCUUAAAAUCGAGUAAAGUUCGUCCAACAAUUUUCGAGCUGUUACUGCGAAAGGUAGUUCCGUUCGGACGAGCAAGGGCUAUAAUUUCACGUUCAAUUUAAUCGACACUGGAAUUGAUUAAAUCAAAUUCAGCCCGUUCGAAAAUAAAUUUCAUCCAUCAAUCAUUAUUUGUUCCAUCUCUAACUGUAAUUCACUUUUCAUCUAAUUAUUUUACCAAUUAUUGCCAAUUUUUAAUAUGUAAAAACCAUUCGUGGCGCACAAAUUUACUCGCAAUACAAACUUUCAACGUCCUCAUCGAACUUUGUGUCUGAAAACACGAAACGUAGUAAUAGUACGAUCACUUGAAAUUGUAAUGUAGCUACUAUCGUAUCGCAAACGAAAUUUGUAAAUACAUAAGUGAAUAGAAUAAUGAUAUAUCAACGAUAAUAAUUUGUUCUUAUAUUUAUUUUAUACGCAAAAUAGAUGGAUUUUUGGCUACUGAGCCCAGCCGAAUAUCCACUGAAUUAUGUACGUGGUAACAAUAAAUUACUUAUAGAGACUACGAAUAAACGAUUAUGUAUCUUAAAUUUUUAUCGAACAUCGAAGUCGAGAAUAAAGCAACAAAAAUAAUAGUUAUUACCCAA